AUGGAUGAACCUCAGGUCUCGGCUCGCCAAGUAGCAACAUAUGCCAAUGGGGCAAUGCCUUUCAUUCAAGAGGUCAAUAGCGUACACACCGAGCUGAUUGCCACACACGAUCAGCGUACAGCCAACUAUGUCCAUCAUGGCUGGUCUAUCGAUGCGGUUCAAACAGUCUCACCCUGGAUUUUGUCACGUAUAGAUGCAAAGAACCGGCUAAGCGAGAAAGGAAAGUGGAUGACGAGGCGAACACUGGCCCGACGUCUGCGAGUGCAAGUGAUGGUUGAGGAUCUUUCUCCAGUACCGGAAUUUGCAAGAGCAAUUAUUGAGGCACUGGAAAAACCAAGUCUGUAUAAAAGGUUCCGAGCCGUUUACCUCGCAAUGAGUCGUUGGGGAGAUGUGGUACCAUUGGAAAUCGAGAUGGGAUCUUCUCUAACCUUGACGGAUACGGAAGUGAACUUCGACCAGCUCCCAAAGACGAACGUAUAUAAUAGUCUCACCCACUUGUCGACAAUCAAAACCGCACGUAUUAGUAGAUAUGGAGGUGCCACCAGCGCAGGAUGGGAGGACGGAAGGUGGAUUAUAAUGGACGCUCCUACCUCGGAAUGGCAGACAAUCAAAAUUGUCGCAGUCGCUCCAAUUUUUAGCCUUCUCGCUGACGACAUUCAAGUACAAAUCACAAACCUGUACAAUGAACGGUUAUCCUACGUUCCCCCUCUCACAAUCAACCCGAUACGUUGGCAAUGUCAAAUACACGAUGACACAAGUAAUGCUUCAAAGACGAUUUCAAGGAUAAUAACUCAUAGCUCGGAUAACAUUGAUCGGUUUGAAGUCGACUAUCUCGGCGAUGCAAUACCGCAACUUGACAAGGAUGAGGCCAACAAACAUACAUUCACACUUACCCAUGGAGAGCACAUCGUUGAAAUUUUGGCUAGUGGUGAUGACGAUGGGCUUCGUGGAGUGCAGUUUAUUACGAAUAAAGGACGAUGCUCCGCCAUAUAUGGAACACUUGAAGGUGUUCCAACUAUUGCAAGGAGUAAAGGUGGAAUUUUGGCAGGCCUAUCAGUGACUAGCAAGGUACAUCCUACACGGGGAUACUUGGCCACCUCAUUCCGGGGCAUCUGGCGCCAUGAUUUAAUACCACAUGCACCCAAAGAAAACGACGUGUUCUCGGAGUAUUUUGGUGCAAGGACUCACCAUGGAAGUGGGUUCAACGACCGCGCCCCAUUCAGCUAUACUAGCGAUUCAAGCGAUAGUAGCAUAACACUCUCGCCAGAAGCAAACAUUCUAGGCGAAUACGACAAGACAUUGAGAAACAAUCGGUGGCUUUACGGCUUUCGGGUGGACAACAUGGACGGACCUCAGGUUGUAGCACUCCAAGUAGCCUCUUACGUUAUUGGAUCAUCUCCCUAUAUUGAGGAGAAGAAUGACACAUUCGUUGAAGUAGUCAAUACUCAUACUAAACGGGGAUCUAACUAUGUUCAUCAUGGAUGGUCAAUUGGCGCAGUUGCAACACUAUCGCCCUGGAUUGCGUCCCGUAUAGAUGUAAAGAACCGCCAUAAUGCAGCAGGGGCCUGGGUCACGAGAAGAACAGUUGUUUCGCGGCUCCGUGUUCAAAUACAGGCUGAGGACCUCAUUGCGACUUCAGACUUUCAAACAGCAAUUGAAGAAGCGCUGAAGAGGCCAACCAGGUUCGAACAGUUCCAUGAGGUCUACCGUGCCCUUAGUCGUUGGGGAGACGUAGUACCACUGGUUAGAGGUAGAAUGGGAUACUCUCUGUCAUUAACGGACACAGAGGCAAACUUUUCUCGACUUCUACCUGGAACUUUGGACUACAGCCUUACCCAUUUGCCAACAAUUAAUACGGCCAAUGUGACAAGAAAGGGUGCUACGAGCUACGCGGGAUGGAACGAGGCGUCAGCUAUGAUAGAUGUACCACCCAUUGAGUGGCGACCAGUUAAAGUUGUCGAAGUCUUACCAACCCUCAAACUCCUUCCCAACGAGCUACAAGCGCAGCUUACCAACCUAUAUGCUGAAAGGUUAACUUACGUUCCUCCCCUCACUGUCGCCCCAAUUAGUUACUUGUGCAAGGUGAACGAUGAUACUGUCAACGCUUCAAAAACAAUUUGGAGGGUGGAGAUUCGUGGGACAGCCCAUAUCAUCGGACUUUCGACUCACUACUUCGAUGGUGUGAUAUCCCGAGGUGGCAAGGAUGGAGGUAACCACCAUAUGUUCACACUGACCGAAGGGGAACACAUUAUCGAAAUGUUGACCUGCGCUGACGGUGAAUGGCUUCGGGGAAUACAGUUUAUCACAAAUAUGGGGCGUUGCUCUGUCAUAUACGGCUCCCUCGAAGGGACUCCGGUCAUUUCAAGGAGCAAGGGUGGUAUUUUGGUUGGUUUGACGACAAGUACCAAGAAGCAUUCCGAGUGGGACUAUUUGGUUACCGGAGUCAAUGUUAGUACUACUUUUUACGAGCCCCAAACAUAUAUGGACGAUGCGACUAAACAGGGAAUAUGGCGCUGUGAUUUUCUACGAAGCGUGCCUAAAGAAAACGACGUGUACUCCGACUAUUUUGGCGCAAAAACUCACAACGGAACGGGCUUCAAUGAUCGAGAUGAUGGCAUCGAUGGGAUUCAGUUUAUAUACAGAGAUACGCGAAAUAGUCAAAGUGAGAAGAUAAAAUCAGUACUUCAUGGGGGAUCCGGGAGUAGCCAUCAUCAAUUCGAGCUUAGAGAUGGAGAUUAUGUUUUGGAACUAACCGAGGUCGUACGAGUGAUAUAUACGGUGGAGGAAGCGGUCGGUCGUUCUCCACCCAGGCCCCCAUCGACAAAGCUGGGCGAUACCAUCGCUUGCAAUACAUACUUGGUAAAAGCCGGAGAGUAUGUUCUUGGCACCAGCUGGUUUUAUUCCAAGGAAGUGUUCCGUAUGCAUACGCACUCGAUGGCUGAUACCUCUCCCCUCGCAAAGCAGAUAUCUAUGGUCAGUGACUGGCUGGCCACAGUGGAAGUGAUACGAACCAACCUGAAGCUGCCUGAUCUUACUACCAAGUCUGGAUUACGCCAGGUUGCCCGUUCGCCUCAUAAAGUAUAUCCUCGUCUUGAAAAAGCGUAUACCGAUCACCUCAAGGACCCACUGGCGCUUGGUGCCCUUGCCCUCAUAUGGGGAAGGAUCUGGACUGAGUCUCGAGCCAGGCAGGCCUUGUAUGAUACUGGGUUCUUGAUUAAUAUCAUUCGCUUGAUCACUACAACGCCGGAUUGUCGAAUCCCUGCGCUCCAAUCAAUUGUUACAAUCGUCCAUCACGCGUCUCAGCCGGUCUUGACAGACAUCGCGCAUCGUACUACGCGUACUUUGCUACUCCUCCUUCGCUCAGAUGCCGAAUCCGUUAGGGUUCAUGAGCUUUGCAUCAUCAUUCUUACACACACCGCGGCCGCCUCCUUGGAUACCCUUCGAUCCGAUGGUAUCGAUUAUAAUACGCUCAUACAGGCUUUGAGUCGUGCAGUACACCGUCCCAACUCCACCCACACCAUGCAAACACAUUUUUUGGGAUUCCUACGAGCGACGUCCUCUCGUUUGCACUUCAACAUCUCUGCCGAUCCAUCGUCUGUCCACUUUAUUAUUGCUCACUUCCCUAGCACCAAUUUCGCAACUCGGGGAGACGCAUUGCUUGCUCUCAAUGAUCUUUAUGCCUCGGGUGCCGAACAGGAGCGCUCUUCCUGGGAUCCAAAUGCGUACUAUCGGGCUGCCUUAGCAGCCCAAACGGAACUCUCAGACGACAUUCUGGAACGCAUGGAAAUCCAUAUGGGUGGUCAGUUAAUGGCAUGCGACAUAUAUGUCAACACUCGCGCCACAGACGACUUCCAAGACGCGAUGGCCACGGUUUUGGAAGACAAGGAUAUGUACACCCUUGCUAAGAGACUAUACCCCUUGAUCCUAUCGACCGAGUCCAAUGCGCUACCGCUUGCUGCAGAUGCCAUUCGUAUGAGGGGAAUACCCGGGGAACGACUGGCAGCCGACGUUAUCGAAGUCAAGCAUGCUCUAUUGACUCGCCAAAACGCUGUCGUGCGCCAAAUUUGCUCCGAGAGGAUUGAAUCCGAUUCUCAUGUCGCAUUCUUCUACUAUGCCAUGGUUCUGGCAGCCAGUUCCUCUGGAGGAGACCCAUCGGCCAAGCGUAUGCCCACCGCUGAAAGGCUUAAAUUGGCGAAACGAGGCCUUUUGUGCGAGGGCGCGUCGAACUAUAUUCGAUUGGGAUUGCACAAAGUUGCGUCGGAAUGUGCAUAUAAACUUGGCAUAGACCGACUGAAGACUGCAUCUGGCCCCCCAAUGGGUAGAGUGAAGCCAUCAAAUGAUAACACGGAGGAUUCAGAUGAAGAUGAAGAACUUUCGCCCCGUCGGACUAUGAAGUACUACACUGAGGCUGUCGUAUAUCUGACCAGCGCGCUCGAAGAUGCAAGGUCAUAUACGCGGAGUGCGCCAUUAGACUACAGGUUGCACAAGAGUGUCUUACUUAUGGAGACUAUCUUGACCAUCGUUCUUGAAGGGAGACCCGUUCGGGAGCUCGAGUCAUUGAUUUCUCAACAGGAGAUCGUUGACCAACUCUAUACUACCUUAUAUUCGGAAAUACCCAGAACACACUCCCGUCUUGUAAUCAACUCCAUCAUACCCAACUGGGAGAGUGCCCAGCAGGAGUGGGAUACUCUACUCAGGAAGUUCGAUCGAAGGGCGCCCGUGGGUGAACCUGAACACACCCACAAUCAUCCUCAUGAUGUUGAAGAGGGGCUUCACGACGAACUCGAGCCUGAAAUGGACUUUGGCUUCAGCGGUCGACCUCCGACCUAUAUAUCCACUUUGGAUAUUCCGGCGCUCGUCCAUCCUUCGGGUGCAUUGAUUCCUGUUGUAGAUGUGGAUAAGUCCCGCCAAGAGGAGGAGCUGCGUCAAGCAUAUGUGGGGUUAGCAGCUUGGAUGGAGGGUGCUCCCAAUUCAGCUAUUUCGAACAACCUUUCCAAUUCUCUUAGUAUCCCCGGCAUGUCAUCUAUCGAGCCUUCUCCAAUCACGCCGAUUACACCCGUCGCCAUUUCCCCUCAGAUCCCUGUCGUAUCUCCUUGCCCGCUUGAUCGUAAGCCAUUCAUCGACGAGCAGAUUGUGCCAAUUGCCCAGUACAUGUGCUCUGCGUGCCACAAUCCAAGUGAUGGAUCCGAUCUCAAGACAUGCAGUGGGUGCAGGCGCACGAAGUACUGUGACGAAGUUUGUCAGAAGAAACAUUGGAUUAACGGUCAUGGGGACGAGUGUCUUCCCGAAACUAUAUAG